CAAAAAUGGCCUCAACAUUACCUUUUGAAAUUUUAAUAGAGAUUUUUAGUUAUCUUCAUCCAAAAGAUCUUUAUUCACUUUCAUUAGUAUGUAAACGUUAUCGUACAUUAUUAUGGUCAAAAAUAUCAACUACAACUCAAGAUAUUUGGCGUACUUCAAGGAUUCGUUAUAUUUUACAUCCAACUUUUGACCCACCCGAAAAGAUGUCCGAACAACAAUAUAAUUAUUUAUUAAUGGUUGUGAAUUCUUGUCAAUUUUGUGGUGAAUGUUGUAGAUACAAGUUAGCUAUGCAUUGGGAAUUUCGUAUAUUUUGUUGUCAUGAUUGUUUAUUACAAAGAUGUAUUAGGUAAGUUUAAUAAAUUAAUUUUAUUGUUCCUUUU